UCCCCAAACACGAACAACAUCAGCACCUUUUCCUGCUAUCAUUCUUACUCGAUUUAUUUCUUCUUCUUCUUUUUUUGACCUCACUCUCGCUCCAUUCAUUUCGAUCUGCAUGGGGUCGUUGCCUGAUGCUCCGAUCGUGCACAACAUUCCAGUUGAAUCGAGCGGCGGGCACCGGAAACCCAACCACCUCAAUCUCCGCACGUCGUUCUCGUCGGCGAGCAACGGGAGAGGCCCGAGGGUGCGGUCGGACCGCCGGAGGAUGGGCUCGGAGGGGAAGACGGCGCCGCCCAAGGUCGUCUGCGGGGACGCGGGCUACGUUCUCGAGGACGUUCCCCACCUCGCCGAUUACUUGCCCGAUCUGCCUACUUAUCCAAAUCCGCUGCAGAAUAAUCCGGCAUACUCAGUCGUCAAGCAGUAUUUUGUGAAUGCAGACGAUACGGUGGCCCAGAAGAUCGUGGUUCACAAGGACAGCCCAAGAGGGACACAUUUUCGACGUGCUGGGCCUCGUCAAAGGGUGUACUUCGAAUCAGAUGAGGUGCAUGCUUGCAUUGUAACAUGUGGAGGUUUGUGCCCUGGGCUUAACACGGUGAUCAGAGAAAUAGUCUGUGGCUUAUAUGACAUGUAUGGUGUCCGCAAAAUUAUUGGGAUAGACGGUGGAUAUAGAGGCUUUUAUUCCUGCAACACCAUUGACUUGACACCCAAGAGUGUCAAUGAUAUUCACAAACGAGGAGGUACGAUUCUUGGCACAUCAAGAGGUGGUCAUGACACUUCAAAGAUAGUUGACAGUAUCGAGGAUCGUGGUGUUAAUCAGGUCUACAUAAUUGGAGGUGAUGGAACACAAAAGGGUGCAUCUGUAAUAUUUGAGGAAAUUCAAAGACGUGGCCUCAAGGUUGCUGUUGCUGGGAUCCCAAAAACCAUAGACAAUGACAUUGUGGUAAUCGACAAAUCCUUUGGUUUUGACACUGCUGUUGAAGAGGCCCAACGGGCAAUAAAUGCUGCACAUGUCGAAGCAGAAAGUGUUGAGAAUGGUAUAGGUGUUGUGAAGCUAAUGGGUCGCAAUAGCGGAUUCAUUGCUAUGUAUGCUACUCUUGCAAGCAGAGAUGUGGAUUGUUGCUUGAUUCCUGAGUCACCUUUCCAUAUGGAAGGGAAGGGUGGACUUUUGGCAUUCAUUGAAAGGCGACUUAAAGAGAAUGGCCAUAUGGUAAUCGUUGUCGCUGAGGGUGCAGGACAAGAGUUGAUCACUGAAAGUAUGCGAUCCAUGGAGCAUCAAGAUGCUUCUGGAAAUAAGCUACUUCUUGAUGUUGGGCUGUGGCUGUCACAUAAGAUAAAGGAUCACUUUGCAAGAAACCAAAAGAUGGCUAUAAAUCUCAAAUAUAUAGACCCUACGUACAUGAUUCGUGCAGUUCCCAGCAAUGCAUCUGACAACGUCUACUGCACUUUGUUGGCCCAUAGCGCAUUGCAUGGCACCAUGGCAGGAUAUACUGGUUUCACUGUUGGUCCUGUUAAUGGUAGACAUGCUUAUAUACCAUUUCACAGGAUUACAGAGAAACAGAAUAAGGUUGUGAUAACUGAUAGGAUGUGGGCAAGGCUUCUUUCUUCGACUAACCAACCCAGUUUUAUUAGCCAAAAGGACAUUGAGGAUGCCAAGAAGGAAGAUGAGCCACCAACACAGUUAUCGGACAAAGAGAAUAGUCAUGGAGUAGGGGUUGAUUUCGACACCUCGGCUAAUUAAGAACACCAGCUGAGACUAGUGCUCUUAAAAUCUUCAGGCUAUAUUUGUCUUAAUUGAGGAUUAGAUGCUUCUUGAAAGCAUGCUUGUGCUUGAGCUAUGUAUAUGGUGGAUAUGAUCGGAUAUGGACUAUCCGUUAAUUUUCCGGGAAUCAAUUUGGCUGUAAUUUUUCUGUUUCGUAAGUUAAAGUAUCGAUUGUUUUGAUCAAAAGAGAAUAAGGUUUUUUUGGAUGUUACUGUUGUGAAAGAAUUAAGGUAUUUCAGUA